UUGGGUAGAAAUGACGAGCACGGGUAUUAGUCGUUCAAACCAGAUUCAAAUCGAAACUAUGCGUGUACCAGCAAAUGGAUUUAACAAAUCUUUACCCGCUCCUUUGUUACAUUUAACAAAACGUACAGUAUUUACACGUGCUUUGUUUGCUUACGAAAUUGUCGACCUUUGGGUUUUGACCUCUGAACUACAUUUGUUUUGAACCAGAAGUCGCAAACAGGCCGGCUUCGUAUUUGCUACGUGAUUUGCUAUGGCAACGCGUGGGUUAAAACAUUACAAACAGAUACCAAUGUGGAUAGUUGAUGGCCACCAUGAAGUUCUACCACAUAUAUAUCGUGCAAUAGGAUCUAAGCAUUUACCACUAGAAGAUACUACGCUGGUACACUUCGAUUCACAUCCUGAUCUUGUUAUUCCAAUGGAUAUGAUGGCUGAUGAUGUCUUUGACAAAGAACAGUUAUUUGAUUCCCUGAGUAUUGAAAGUUGGAUAAUGCCGACAUCAUACGCUGGUCACUUCACCACCAUUAUAUGGAUCAAGCCACCCUGGGCCAAUCAAUUCAGUGACGGAAAAUAUCAAUUUCAUAUUGGUAAACACAAACUAACUGGAAAAAUCAGAGUCACAUGCACAGAAGACUAUUUUCUAAGUGAUACACUGUAUGCACCAAUCAGUGACCUUGUUACAAACGACGCCAAUCCAAUGUAUAAUGCCAAGUGUGUUACCCUGUAUGUUGUGACAUUAGCACCAGCCAUCUUUCAAGAAUUUGUAGUUUCUAGAUCAGAAUCAGAUAAAAAUGAUGAUGAACUUGAGUUAGCUCCAUCGGCUAGAAAACCUACAACUACUGAUUCAAAAGGAAUUAUUGAUGAAUCUUUUGAUUCCGUAAAAUCACUUCUAAAUCAGGUUCUUGAAAGUGGGAAAGCUUUUCUUCUUGAUGUUGAUUUGGAUUUUUUUUCCACAAAAAAUCCAUUCAAAGAUCUAUAUUCUGAGAAACAGAUUGCGAUGCUUGAAGAGCUGUAUCGAUAUGAUAAACCAAGAGAUAAUACUCCAGAAAUAUUGAAUGAAUUUAUCAAGAAACGCAGUCAACAACUUGAAGACAUUGAAUUAAGUAAAGUCAUUGAUUUGGUUACUGAUCUACAAAUGCAGAAAAAAAUGGAACCAUUUGAUUUUGAAUUGCUACAUCAAGCAGGUUUGACAUUUGAUGAUACGGAUGAACUUCCUCACCACGUCAGCACAGAGGAUGAAAUCAAAGCACUCCAUGUUGCCAUGGAAAUUGUUUUAUCAGCACUACCAAAACCUACCAUGAUUACAGUAGCAAGGUCUACUUAUGACGAGUACUGCCCCCCAGACCAAGUUGAUUCCAUACAACACAAUCUACUAAGGGUCUUAAUGUCAGUCUGUGGAAAAAUUGAUGUUCACAUUGACUAUGAGUCUUCAGAAGAUGAGGCAGAAAAUGAGGAAGCUUGCGGAGAUGCAAGGAAUGAUGAGAAAGAUGAAGGUACAACUGAGUUAACAAAGACUGUGAAGAAUGAUGGUGGAGAUUAAAUUUAGCACAGAUAAAGUUUUAUUUACUUAUCACUUUACACAAUUUUGUUGAAGUGUACUUUUUUGCUUGCAAUACUGCCAUUAAAAAGUAUUAAA